CUCCUAGAAUCUUGACAUUUGUCAUGGUGAGUGGACAAGAUUUUAAACAGCUCAUCUGCCAUGUCAUCCAGUCAAUGUACCUGUUAUUUCUUAACCAAGUCGGAUGACCCUUAUAGUGGAUUGCAGGCGGAUUCCAGAAACCUCACCCGAUCAGAACAGAAACUCCCCCGUGCAUCAGCCUCUGCCAUGAACUCACCCGUUCAAUUCUGGAGAUUCGCAGACAAAUAUAGAGAUGAGCGCAAAUACGUUUCCUUCUUGCGGUUUUCUACCCGUCGGCUCUUUCUUGGAUUUCUGAGGUCGUUGCCAUCCCCUCUUCCUUAGCCAUCUUCUUGACCUUGAUGUCUCCAAAUUACAAGUCUGUGAGUAUUUGCUUUCCACCUGUGCACCAGCAUUGUGUGUUAUGUUGUAAUCUACGCCGCAGCCCAUUGCUCGCUAGAGACGGAUAAGCCUCUUCAAUAUCUCUCUUUUUAUUACUUCGUACAUAUUAAUUAUAAAAUAAUAUUCAGGGGGUUGUUGUCUGUCUUUGGGCAUCUCUUUGUGAAUUGUUUGCCAGAAACCAUUGUGGGAACAAGGGUUUUGAAUGUUGUCACUGUGGCAAUGACUGGAUUUUGCAGGGACAAAGAUAAUUGCAUCCAGACACACAAGUCAAUCGGGGAUGUCAAAGCAGAAGGUUACUCAUUACAAUAGAACUGCAUCUAGCCAGACUUUCACUGCAAUUAAGAUUUUGGAAGAAUCAUUUUCAGAUGCUAAUGAAAAUGAUGAGAUGUGGUGGAAAUUUUUUAGAGACAGUGAGAGGUGGCGGAGAAGAAUAUUAAUGGAAGAAGUGUGUCUUGCCUAAUGUUGGAGUUUCAAGAUUUGAGAUUUCGUCUUUGAAGAAAGGAGUAUCAAUCAUGUUGUUAAGGAAUAUUUUAAAUUGUGUGGUUGUACAAAGUUAAUCACUAAAGAGUUGCGAAAAAUAUCAUCGGUGCAAUUGUAGGAUCACGAAACAAUGCUGAGGAGAAUGUUUUCAUGCCGUAAAUGAAUUUGGUACUAUUUGAUCCUGAAUUGCUCUUGAAGUUUCAAAGAAAACCAUUUGUAACAU